CGACCGGACGUACGCGAAUUUUCUUCGCAUCGCGUGUUUGAAUAUUCCAAUUUCAAAUUUGAAUUGUCAAAGUGCGUGACUGAUAGUGUGCAUGAUCUGCUUCACAUCGGAUGCGCGAUGUUAAAAAGAUGAUACGUGCAGACAGCAGUCCCAGGGAUGUAUCUCACAGAUACAUAACAAAGAUGAUAACAUGACAAAGCAUGCUUCCUAUUGGACACUACGGGAAAUUUCGAACUAAAGCUGUGAUGUGCCAAUAUAAUGAUAAAAAUAGAUACGCUAAACAUCCAAGUUUUAAUUUUCAAAUAUUCCUACUGACAGUUUUUCUAUUUGUACAAAAUGUUAAUUCGAAUACAACAAACAUGAAUCAAAAAAGUGAAAGUGUUAAUGUACAGAAUGAUCAACCGAGUGAUGAUUAUGAGGAGCACGAUCCAGAUCACACAGACGAUUAUCAUGCCAAAGUCAAUUUUGAUAGCAAUCCAUAUUAUAAUGAAGAUUUUUUACAACCUAACAAAUUUUACAAUCGUGAAAACACGUAUAGCAAUUAUGGUGAUUAUAAAAGAUAUUACUUGAAUCCAUCAAAUCCAGUCCCUAAAUCUAAUGUUAAGUUUAAAAUAAGCAGUAGAAUAGUGGAAACAAAAUAUGGAAAAUUACAGGGGAUAGUUUUGGCAAUGGAUGAACACAGAUAUUUAAGUCCUUUGGAAGUUUUUUUAGGCGUCCCAUACGCUACACCACCUGUUGGAUCAAAUAGGUUUAGUCCAACAAGGACUCCGUCGCCUUGGGAUGGUGUGCGAGUGUCUGACCGCCCUGGCCCAGCCUGUCCUCAAAAACUGCCAGAUUUGAACGACGAGAGGCUCCUACUAGAAAAAAUGCCGAAAGGCAGAUUAGAUUAUAUAAAAAGACUGAUGCCUUAUCUUAAGAACCAAAGCGAAGAUUGUCUGUAUUUAAACAUCUUCGCCCCAUUGCAAAUGGAUGAAACUAAAUUAGCGUUACCAGUUCUUGUUUAUAUACACGGUGAUGGAUACUCACUGAGUUCAGGGACACCUUAUGAUGGAGCAGUUCUAGCGAGCUAUACGGAUUUGAUAGUAGUGACUCUGAAUUAUCGACUUGGAGUUUUGGGUUUCCUCAACGCGAAUCCUACACCGAAUCUCAAGGCUCGAGUCGCGAACUACGGGCUGAUGGACCAGAUCGCGGCGUUGCACUGGGUUCAGCAGAACAUCGCGCUGUUUGGCGGCGAUCCCAGCAAUAUCACGCUGAUGGGCCACGGGUCGGGCGCCGCGUGUAUCAACUUUCUAAUGAUAUCGCCCACUGUUAUGCCAGGUCUAUUCCAUCGUGCGAUACUAUUAUCCGGCUCGGCGCUAAGCUCGUGGGCGGUGGUCGACGACCCCGUCUACUACUCGCUCAAACUAGCGAAGCACAUGAACUGUUCCAUCCCUGAGGACCUGGCGAAAGACCACGAGGUCAUAGUAGACUGUCUGCGAGACGCGUCGAUAGAGGAAUUACUAUCAAUAGACAUAUCGCCUCCCAACUUUCUGACCGCGUUCGGCCCGUCAGUCGAUGGUGUGGUGAUCAAGACGGAUUUUGCGAAGGACUUUCUGACUCUUCAUUCCACCGGUGAUUUCCCCAGUUUCGGGCCACUGAACAAUAUGAAUCAGAAUAAUUAUUUCAUAAAACGGAGCGACAGCGGUCGGAGGUUGUUUCAGAACAAAUACGAUCUGUUGCUGGGCGUGGCGUCGUGUGAAGCGCUCUGGAAGUUCUCAGCUCACGACGUACAGAACGGCAUCGAACCGGAAAAGCGGGAUCGAAUGCUAAGGACAUACGUCAGGAACUCCUACACGUAUCAUCUAAGCGAAAUCUUCUACACCAUCGUCAACGAGUACACCGACUGGGAAAGAACGGUAGAGAACCCCAUCAACACACGCGACGCGACUGUCGCAGCGAUAUCGGAUGCGCAAUAUGUCGCACCGCUGAUACAGAGCGGCGACUUACUGAGCGGGGGACCGAAGGUGACGAGCGACGAAGACGGGCCUCGACGACCGACGAAGACUUACCUCUAUGUGUUCGACUAUCAGACAAAGGAUGGAUAUUAUCCACAGCGUCUCGGCGCGGUUCACGGUGAGGAGUUACCGUACAUCUUUGGAGCGCCCCUGGUGGAGGGGUUCGGCCACUUCCCGGAGAACUACACGCGGCCGGAGAUCGCGUUAGCCGAGUCCAUGAUGCUGUAUGUCGCCAACUUCGCCAAGACUGGUAACCCGAACGACAACGUGCGCGUGGAGGCGCUGCUGCCGGCGUCUCGCGAGAGGAACAAGUUCCGAGGGAUUAAUUGGGAGGAGUACGACUCGACGCACCAGAAGUACCUCGAAAUAGGUAUGAAACCAAAAAUCAAGAACCACUACCGUGCUCAUCAGCUGUCAGUUUGGCUGCGACUUAUACCCGAGCUUCAUAGAGCCGGCAUGGAGGACGUGGCCUCCCGUCACAAUCUCUUCCGAAAUCACAACGAACAGGACCUAUACGAAGGCAUAGUUAGGCCUGAUCCACUAGCGAGGAAUGUGGAUAACGAACAAUUAAAACGAAACGGCACCGUAUACUCUGAUACGGCACUAACGACCGUAGAUACAAUUCUAGCUACAUGCGUCACCGUCGUUCCUAAUGGCAAAGAAUUCGCUUUGAACACGACCGACACGACUUUAGCAAAUCUAGAGGCGGCAGGCUACGCCGCCUAUUCUACAGCUUUAAGUGUGACGAUUGCUAUCGGAUGCUCCCUUUUAAUAUUAAACGUCCUCAUCUUUGCCGGAGUAUAUUAUCAAAGGGAUAAGUCGAGGUCCCGCGGGAAGCAGCACAGAUUCAACGAAAAACACUUCGAAACAAUAUCAGGAAAACAUUCCCAUUACCAUAUCGACCCGACCCUCGCCCCGAGCUUAGUGGUGGACAUCGAGAGGCAAAAUAGGAAGAAAAUGAUGACGGACCCCAGCUUAACGAAUUUGAACUUUAAGGGGCCGCUGGACGGUCCAAAAUCGCCAAGCCCGACGCUCAGCAUAGACAACAUGAUGUUGCCAAGUAAGUUGGGCAGCCGCAACAGUAGCUUUCGGGUGCCAAACGCUAGUUAUCCCCAAGGCUACGCGACGCUGCCAAAGAAUCUCAACCAAUUUAGUAAUUCGCCACCUAUGCAGGAAUUAAAGCAGAAUUUCCCGCCGAACGGGUCCAUGUCGCCGGUUAGGGAGGACGUGCGGGCCCAGCACGCGACCCUGAGGAGGGGGAAGCCGUUACACCCCCCGCACCCCCCACACCCCCCGAACCUCCCCCAGGCCGCGAUCGACGAGAUGCGCGUGUGAUUGUAGUCGUGAUUUGUAAAUAUUCCAAAAUGUUGAUCUUUUUUAGAGGAGUUCACUGUAACGUUUAUCGAUUAAAGUAU